GUCCCACCCACCGCGCGCGGCGAGCCACGCCCACGCCCUGUCCCCUGGUGGUCGCCGCCGCUCCCCGCUCUCCUCGGCUCCGCCCGAAACGAGCACCUGCCCGGCUGCCCCCGCAUCAAAACAAGCUUCAACUCGCCCGGUUUUUUUAUGCCCGCACGGACACGGCCGAAGCUGCCCAGCAGCCGCGCGCGCUUCCCGGCAUUCCAGUUGCUGGCUCUUAAAUCACGCGAAUUCGAGAGCACGCUGAUCAGUUGGCACAACGCACGCGUGGGCGUGGCGAGGCGCACACUGGCUAGCAAACCUCAGAUCAGACACUUAGCUGACUAGGGAGUGUUGUGCAGUGAGUGAGUGAGCGAGCGAGCGGCGUGACAGCAGCGGCGGGCGAUGGCGGGUGCGGGCGGGACGACGCCGCUGAGGCUCAAGGACCUCCUGGAGCUGGACUGCGAGUCGUGCAGCGCCGCGGGCUUCCGCUGCUACCCACGCCGCCUGCUGGGCGAGUCGGCGCCAACAAUGCGGCACCACUUCGAUUCGCUGCCGUCCCUACGCCGCCGCCCGAGCAAGCUGUCCCACCUCUCCAGGAGCCUCUCGCGCCGGCUGGGCAGGGGCGGCUUGUUCUGGCGGCGCCGCGACGAAGGCGACGAGGACGACGCCUGCGCCGUGGCCGCGCCGAGCGGCAGCGGCUCGGAGUCGGGGGCGUCGUCGUCGGGGACUACGACGAGCGACAACUCGUCCGGGAGCAGGGGCUCGCGCUGCGAGUCGGAUUCCGACUUCUCGACGGCAACGACGAGCUCCGCUUCGGACAGCAUGGACGCCGACGCCGCCGACGCGGUGAACGACACCACCGGAGAUGAGCACCAGGCGAUGAAGAGGGGGUCCAGCUCGGGGGCGGAGGCGGACGACAAGGAGGAACAGCUCAGCCCGGUGGCCGUCAUGGACUUCCCCUUCGACGAUGACGAGGGCGAAGACGGCGAUGAGGACGGGGAGAGGGAUGUCGCCGGCGCGUACUCGCCGUCUUUCAGCCUCUCGCGUCUCCAGAGGAGAAAGAUGCUACGACCGCAGCACAAGAUCCGACGGCUCGGGAGCACCCAAGAACUAGGCCCCAUGGAUCUCGAGGCACUCCUGGCCGCCACGUCGGACACCGACGAUCUCGCCGAUGAUGUCUUGGCGCAGCAGGUUAUCCAGUGCCGCACAGAAGACGUGGCAGCGGCGGCGCCGCGCCCGACCAGGAGCCACCGCGGCGCCAGCGUCGUCUGCCACGAGCCAGACGAACACGACCUUCUUCAUCUGCUCAUGGACGCGGCUUCCGCCGGCGUGGAUCACGUCUCGGAGCGGCUUCUGUUCGACUUCUUCGUCGAGAUGAAACGACGACGAGGCUCCACGGAACACCCGGAGAAGCUCUCUGCGCCGGCUGUGCGGCUGCUACCGCAAAUGGCUGAACGGUUGGGAGACGACGGUGAGGUUCUGGCGGCGGCCAGGGGAUGGAUGGACGGCGCGGGAAGUGAACGGUGGGGCUUGAACGAUGUCCUGCACGGCGGGGAGGCCAUCGUGGCGGAGAUGGAGCGCGGCCGGCGGUGGAUGCAAGUCCGCGAGGAGGAGCAGGAGAUCAGCGCGGUGGUGGCCGGUAUGCUGGCCGAUCAGCUGGUGGAUGAGUUGGUGUGGGAUUUGUUUGUGUAGGUUUUGUAUCAUUGGAUGUGAAUUGUGAACUUGGUGUAAGUAAUGCCAAAUGAAAUCGAGCAUGUUGCAAACGUGAA